UCGUCAGCGGAUCAGCCAUUGCCCGAUCGUCAAUAUCGUGUUGAUGGGGAAGAUGAGAGGUUUCGUGUGAAACAAACGUGGAUAUAGAAGUUAUUUCUUUACGGAGCUGGAUUCAAUGCACAACUCCAAGAUGCGUACAACAUCGAAUUUAGGCGCAAACGUACCAGCGUUUCUUGCCAAGCUUUGGAAGAUGGUUGAGGAUCCGGAUACGAACAACCUUAUUUCCUGGUCACCCGGUGGAAAUACUUUUCUCAUUAAAAAUCAAUCGGUAUUUACAAGCAAAUUAUUACCACAUUAUUACAAACAUAACAAUAUGGCUAGUUUUAUACGACAGCUGAAUAUGUAUGGAUUUCACAAGAUAGCAUCUGUAGAAUUGGGCGGUUUAAAAUGUGAUAAAGAUGAAAUAGAGUUUGCGCAUCAGUACUUUUGUAAAGGUUCUCCUCAUUUAGUAGAAAACAUUAAAAGAAAAGUUACAGCUAACAAAAAUCAAGAUUUAUUGCAUUCUUCUUUUAAACCAGAAGUAGUGGAUAGGAUGUUAAUUGAAGUAAGAGAAAUGAAGGAACGUCAAAAAACUAUGACUGAUGCUUUAAAUGAAAUGAAAUUGGAAAAUUCAUCAUUGUGGACAGAAUUAAUGAUAUUGAGACAAAAACAUUUGCAACAACAAGAAAUUAUUAAUAGAUUAAUUCAAUUAAUUCUUCUUACUCUUGUACAACCAUCGAGGAGUGGACUAUCUGUUAAAAGACGAUAUCCAUUAAUGAUACAUGAUACAAGUUGUUUAAAUAAACGACGUAAAUUGUCUAAGUCGCAAGAAUCUCCUACAGGACCAGUAAUUCAUGAACUUGAUGCAUCGGAACCUGAUGUGGACUCAGACUACAUUGCUGAUAUAUUGAAAAAUGAAAAUCUAACCGUUCAAAGUCCACAAGAACAUAUUGAAACACUGACAGAUGAAGAAAAUAUGGGAAUUGUAUAUACAUCUGAAAAUAGCGAUCAGAAUCCUGAGAUUGAGACAAAGAGGAAACUUGUUUGCAAAGGCAAAAAGAAGAAAAACAAGGUGCCUGUCAAAAUUGUCAUUCCAUCAUUGGAAAACGGAAAACAAUCAAGAGAAAUAUUGCAUAUGUUUGAAGUAUCUACCGAUGAAGAUGAGCCUGUGAGUUUAUUGAAAAAUGAUUCCAUCGGUUCUAAUGAUGUGGCUUCAGUUGAUUUGGAGAAUUAUGGACUUACUACAGAAGUUUUGAAUAACAAUCCAUCGAUAGUGAAAUUAGAAAAUAUAAUUACUCCGGAAAUGUUAAUUUCUUCGGAAAUGCUUCAUAAUAAUAAUAUUCAAAAUAAUAUUGAGAAUGAAGAAGACAGAAGCGAUCCUAAUAACAUGUAUAACAGGUUUAGUAAAAAAAUUGAUAGCGGAAGAGGUCCUAUUUUAGUGACAAAUAGCAAUGAGCAAUACAAUGAAAAUAGAAUAGUACAAUCACAAAAAGAAGAUAAUAGUUAUGACACAGCAAGCGCAAGUUCAUCGAAAGAUUUAUUGGUGAGCCGUGUUAAUUCCUCUGGAAUGACUGAAGCUAAUUACAGGUUAGAACCAAUGGAAGAAAUAAACAAUCAUGUAGAAACAACACAGAGUAAUUUGGACACUUUCCGUGACGUAUUGCUGAGUGAAAAUUGCAACUUGGAUGCUAAUACUUUACUUGACAUAUUUAGUACUGAUGAUCCGAUGGCGUUUGGAUUGUCACUUAAUUCAGAAUUGAAUCCAUAUUAUGGGAAAGAAGAGGAAGAUAAUUCUGUCCAUGGAUCUGCUGGUGGUGAACUUAUGACAUAUAAUCCUCCAUUAGAAUUAGACGAUAUGUUUAUGGGAACUGGUUCAAAUCUAUCAGAUUUACAGAUGAAUGGUUAUACACAUUCUAUGAAUUAUGAGGAUACUAAGAAACUUCUUGAUGUUCUGAUAGCCAAUAAUACGAAUUCAGUAUCAUAA